AUGCCUUGUUUACAGAAACUGUCCUCAUGUGUCCCCCUGCUACUAGCAAAAAAAGCUUUGUUUACAGAAACUGUCCUCAUGUGUCCCCCUGUUACUAUCAAAAUGAGCCUUGUUUACAGAAACUAUUCUCAUGUGCCCCCAGUUACUUCCAAAGAGAGCCUUGUUUACAGAAACUGUCCUCAUGUGUCCCCCUGUUACUUCCAAAGAGAGCCUUGUUUACAGAAACUGUCCUCAUGUGCCCCCAGUUACUACCAAAGAGAGCCUUGUUUACAGAAACUGUCCUCAUGUGUCCCCCUGUUACUACCAAAGAGAGCCAUGUUGACAGUGCCAGACUAUUCCUAUGUCUAUGAAAAAGGAUUUAAACCCAAAGUGGGAGUGGAGCAGCCUGUCCAGCCACAGGUGCAAAACAAGAUUGAGACACGAGAAUUAAGCAGACGUUUUGUUCAACCAAUCCAGCUUACAGGAGAACACAUCGUUAACUUGAUCAACCUUAAUGAUACUGCCUAUCUGAUGUCUGGCGAGAUUUCGGGAUUCUUUUGGGAGGCAGACAUCCUCACAAGCAUGCUGGAACAACAAAACAUACCUGUGAGCAGACUGACUCUGAGACAGGACAAAUACCCAGAAGUGUUUGAGGAUCUCCGUCAAUGUGGUGUAUUUCAAGACAAUGAGAAGAAGUCCAUCUCAUUGUAUGAACUCAACAGGGUGCCGUUCAUUCUGGAUCUGUUUGAGCACCAAUGUCAGGAGCUACGAACCAAUGUGAAAGAGCUUAUCCAGAUGUUUGACCCAUGUGACCCCUACUGGAAGGGUGAGGACUACCCAGACUCAGAGAGUCAGGCCAGUGAGGACUUGUCAGACUUUCAAGUCAGUCUGGAAGAUAUCCAACUCAGUCUCCAGCUCCUACAAUUCAAAAGGAAAAGGAUUCUUCAAAAUUUGAUGACUCACCCAGAAGAUAUGGAGAAUGAUAUGAACCAGCUGAAGGAAGUUGAGGACCAGAUAAGUGUACUGAGGGACAUGCAGGACCAGCAACGGCAGCGUAAAGCUCUGGACCCAGACAGUCCAGAAAAGAAAAUAACAUCAAGUCCUCCAGGACCAACUAGAGUUGCCACAACAGAUAACAAAAUUAAAGCUGCUGUUUCUGAGGACGUGUUUGACCACAUCCGAGUGUCUCCAUUGAAGGGAAUACCACAGAUGGGCACAUCUACAUCCAAUGCGUCGCCCAUUAAGACGAAUGUUGUUGCCCCUAUGCAGAAUAAACUGUAUCAGACGAAUCCUGCCACCUCCAGUCAGUUGACUACCCCUACCAAUGAGGAACUACUGAACACCCUGGCCCAACAACAGAUGCUGUUACAGACCAUGAUGCUGCCUCAGGCCCAUUUAGGGGCACAGAUUCCGAGUCUGACAAAUCAGUUUGUAAGAGGCUCAGUUCCAUUUCAGCAGCCUCACUGUGUCCUGAACCAGCAGUACACCAACGCUCCAAGAACCCCUGAUGUCAACCUGCAAUAUAUGGCCACAAGCCAGCCAGGUAUGACACCCCAGUUAAUGAACCCGCAAUUUGCUACAAGUCAGGCAGGUAUGACACCCCAACUGAUGAACUUCAUGCAGACUAACCUAGCAGGGAAUCAGCUUAUGAUGGGAAUGCCACCGUACUUGGGAGGACUGGCACAGCAAACCCUACCUCAGCCACAGGCCAAUAUGCCACUGCUUUCUGGACUGUUGCCACUGUUACAGACUCUAAACGUCAAUCAGGGUCAGGGGUCAUCUAAUGAUGAUUCGUCCCAGCAUUGAUCAAGUAAAGUGUUAUCAACUAUGUGAUAUAUCAGCUUCCCGGUUUUUAUCUUGGGUUGUCAAACACGUAUCAUCAAAGCGUUGACCUAUUGAUACCAAGGAACAUAGUGAUAGACAAACCUACCUGUUCUUCAUGUUAAAGGGUUGCUAUGAAUCUGAUUACUGUAUGCUCAAGUCAUGAAGGAUUUAUUUUUAUUGGUUCAGACAUGGAUCAAAUGAUAUGCAGGCAUACGAUUUUACGGUUUAAAACCUAUCCAAUGUUUAUGUGUUUCCUGCCAAUUGAGUUCAUCUUGAUUAGUUUUAGCUUGGCCAGUUGUCACUUGUUAUUGUUAUAACACACUAUACAGAGAUAUCUCUUUAACCACAAACUUUUAUCGACUUAUGUAUGACUGGUAAUAACAUGUUAAGAUAAAAUGAGGAUUGCGAUCAAUGUUGCAGCAAAUGAUUGAGUUCACUAGUUCCCAAUUUCUGCUAUAGUGAAUAUUAGCUGGAGUUAGAAUCUAGAUUAUAUGUUUCUAAUUAGUGCUAAAAUAAAUGCUUGGUAUGUUGUAUAGAUGGUGCUAAAGUGAAAAUCACGUGGGUAUUUUAUAAGUUGUUUUUCAGUGCUAAAGCUUCCUUAAAAACGAUGCGUACAUGCCAGAUCAUCAAGAGCUUUCAAUAGAAUAGUAAUAGAUUAUAUGUGUCAAAAGGUAGAGGAAACCUGUGCUAUAUAUUUAAAAGGUGCAAGAUGGUAUACAACUAACUGGAGAUUUUAUAGAAUUCGGAGAUGUCAUUAUUUUAAUUUUGUAUGUUUUUAAUUCGUAAAUGCAUCAGGAUAUGUCAAAAGAUUUGUUGAUUUUGAAUAAAUUUUGUUUUAUGCAA